AUGAAACCUAUCAAUAGCGCUGUGGAUACCCUCGUGCAGGGGACGAAUGAUACUUAUGGGAUGGCUCAACAAGCUGUCAGUGGAACUGCCAAUCGUGUUGGAUCUAGUGCAGUAAAUACUACGGCUAAUGCAAUUGGUAAGGCAAGAAGGUUGAAUGACGGAAACGAGUCUCCCUACGAUGACCUUGAUGGCAGAGAUGUUUCAAUGAAUUGUGACUGCUACGCCACAAAAGGCGGCUUUGAGUCCUCCCAGAGUAGAAGGACUGGGAAUAGAACUACGGAAAGUUACGAAAAUAACGACAACAGGAACUACGAACUGAGAAUGGGCAAUCGUGAUAAUGAGAGGGGAUUCAAAGAGGACUACCGACCACAAAUUGGGCGUUCAGAGGGGCGUUUCCGUUACUCUGAUCGUCGUAAAGAUGACUUUGACGCUGGAAUGCAUGUUCAAAAGGGGAGAUGUAAAGACAGCGAUGCUCCGAGUCUAGAUGGUGAAAAGUUAAACCAAUUAAUAGAACUCAUUAACCAAAUGCCAAGUCGAAGGAACAAAAGCCGACCAGAUGAAGCCCAAAUGGAAUGUAACUUAAGAGAGAACGAGGAAAAUCAAAAGGAUAGAUACCGGGAUGAUAGCCCCCAAACGAGAGGCCCUAAAGGUCGUUUACGAGAUAAAAUCUUUACGUCUAGAAAGGACUUGUUCAAGAGCGGCUCGAAUACUUCAUCAUCUUCAUCCUUAUCGACUACGACUUCUGACUGUCAAUCCAAGUUUAGUUUCCGUCUGGGUGGGAAAAUGAGUGAUAAGGAGGGGAGGAAAUUCAAAUGGUCCAAGCUUAAUAAGAAGAACGAGAGUGUUGAAUGUCAAGAAUUUGCUCCCAAGAAGGCCUACUGCGCCGAAGCAGACAUAGAGCCUUGCAUGGCUCCAAGAACGAAGUGCAGUUGCUGCUCAGGAUGUUCAAGGUGCUAGUUCGACGAAACCUGCGAUUGUGACGAGCGUUUCGAUAGACGAUUCAAUGGAGGAUACGAGGAUGAACUGCGAGGUAGACUGGUUGGUGAUUGCGACGAAGAAAUGAAUGAAAACUAUAACGAUGAAUUUGACCAAGGUCGCCGAUCUAGUAGAUUUUAUGAUGAAGGAGUGUGCAAUGAGCAAGACACCAGUGCUAGAAGAAGGCGGCGUUUCAGUAGUGGCUAUGAUGAAAACCUCAAUGCUGAUUUCAACGGUGGUAGGAAUAGAAGCCCUAGAAGCUAUCGAAGGAGCGGAAUGAACGCGCAAGUUAACAACGGCAUGAAUGAUGUUUUUAACGGUGCGGAAGGAGUUGAUAUGAAAAGGAGGAUUGGUAUGAAAAUGGCUAAGGGUGGCAAUAUGACGGGUCCAAUGAAAGGAAAUAGGGAAAGAGGAAUGAGCACCUCUGCAGCAACCAACUGUCUCUCCGGUAGUUUGAAUGCUCUGAAUGAAGCACUUGGUGGAAUUGUUAGCAAGCUGCCCCUCCUGAAACAAGGAAUGGGAAUGAAUGCUGCUGCUGGUGGUGGUGGUGGAAUCAUGCCGGUGAAUGGAUUCAAUUAUGGAUUUGGUGGCAAUUCUAUUGGUAAUACUAGGCUUUCACAAGGAGGUUUUGUAGGGGGUCAAAAUCUUCCAAUGAGUACCAAUUUUAGUGGAGUAGGUUUCGGUAUGCGAAACAAUUUCGGACCAACUGGAAGUUAUGAUGACAAAUUUGGUGGAUAUGGUGGAAGUUUAGAAGAGAUAAGAAAUGCACAAGGAGGGUAUACUUCAGGUGAAGUUCAAUAUCCAAGUCAACCUAAUUGGCCAUUCGGAAAUAAUCGAUCGAAUUCGUUGCCUCCAGGAGGAUAUCGUGGAGGUGUGAGCUCGAACUUGAAUAUACCUGGAAUUAAUGAUUUUGACUAUGAGAUUCAGUACAUUGAACCCGACAUGAAGGAGUACAACCGCAAGGUGAGAGAAGCUGAAGAGAGAGCAGAAAGAAAGAGACAGGAACUAAUCCGUCAGCGUGAUGAAGAAGUUGCCAGAAAACGUGCUGAGAUGGAGAAGCGAAUAGAAGCGGAAUAUGAGAGAAGAAAAGCGGAAGCCAGACACCAGAGGGAAGCCGAGAUUAGGGCAAGAAUGUCACAGGCUCAAGAGGACAUCAAGAGGAAGGAGCAAAUUAUUACGCAGGCAUUCACUCAAAAGCUGAAAGCUAUUCGAGAGUUAGAAGCUAAAAGACGUAUUCAAUACGAAAGAGCACUUGCAGAAGCGAACCAGCGAAGUCUCCCAUUAAAACAACAAUUUGCACUGGCACAGCGUCAGAUCCAGGAACUGGAAUUGUUCAAGACGCAAAUUCAACAGCAAGCUAAACAACUUCAAGUUGUUUCAUACAUGCCGGCAUAUAAGAGCGAUACUAGCAAGGAGAAAAUUCUUUUGGCUGAGUUUUGCCACCGAAUGUCAGCUAUUAAAAGCCAGGAGAAGAAAAUUUUGGAAGAUGUUGUACCACUUCGAGUACCAUCAAUGCAAAUUCCAUCACCACCGCCAUUGAUGCCAACACCUCCGCCUAUGGCACCACCAAUGAGCUUUUGUCCUCCCUCCUACGGUGGAAUGAUGUUCUCAUCUGCUGUAACACCAUAUCAGCCACAGCUCCAAUAUUCUCAACCACAACCGCCAAACUUUUGCAAUCCGGCGAUUCCAAUAAUGCCCAUGACACCAGUUCCAAUGUGCAUUCCUACUGGUUGCUGCAUGCCUUGCUCAUCUUGCUGCAGGCCAGGUGGUUGUUGUACAAUGCCAUGCUGCAAACGCACAAGAAAAAAAUGCUCGGACGAUAGGGCCUGCAAUGACACACCUAGCUGCGAGCCAGUGGAAAAGUGUGAAGAGGUAAUACCCUGUGAGGAGAAGAUUGAAUGUGAGGAGACAAGGGAGAAGAGGUCACAGUCGGCAGAUUCGAGAUUGUUUAGCAGAUAAAGCGAAGAAAGGGACGAAUGUAGUGUGACAAUUGACGAACCUGUCGAAGAGAAAUGCGAAUCAUAA